UUGAUGUGUCUGGGGUCCCCGUGGGGAAGGCAUAUAAGAUGGUUACUACCUGCAGGACAGGACCACAGUGCUCCACUGUUCGGUGAUUUUUGUUGUGGAACACCUGCGGCAGUCUUCGACAUCUCUUUGGCCUACUGCCGUCUCAAUCCCAUUCUUGACCACCUGCCUCCAUUCGUUAUGGCGAAAGACGAUACGAUGGCCUCCACGACGGCGACAGAAGAGAUCGGCAAAAAUGAGGUUCAUCAGCAUGAUGAUAUCCAGAAACCGGUGGCUUCAGCAAAGGGCAAAGACAAGGCCGCUGAGCUGUUGAGCUCCAAUCCACGCAUAACAGUCACUGAGGCCGACAACAAGCGCGUCCUACGAAAGAUUGAUGUUCUUAUUCUACCUAUCCUUCUCUCGGUGUACUUCCUGCAAUCUCUGGACAAGACGACAUUAUCCUAUGCCUCUGUGUUUGGUCUUAUUGAGGAUGCCAAUCUCGAUCCUACAUCAAACCAGUACAGCUGGCUAGGCAGUAUUGUGUACUUCGCCCAGUUGGUGAUGCAGCCGAUCGUCGCCGUCCUCUUGGUCAAGGUCAGGAUGGGGAAGUUCAUCGGCGGCAUGGUGUUUAUCUGGGGAGUCAUUCUGUGCGGCAUGGCCGGCACCAGGAAUUUCGCAGGAUUGAUGGCCACGAGGUUCUUACUCGGUGCUUUUGAAUCUGCUGUUGCACCUGCUUUCAUAGCAGUUGUCCAGAUGUGGUAUAAACGCAGCGAGCAAACCAACCGCAACGCUUUUUGGUACUCAACCCUGGGUCUCGUGAAUAUCUUCGGUUCGCUCCUGUCGUAUGGUCUCGGCCACAUCCAGUCCGAUCUGCUACACUCAUACCAAAUCAUCUUUCUCUUCUGCGGUCUGCUCACUGUCCUCGUAUCGAUUGCCGUCUUCAUAUUCAUGCCUGAUUCUCCGAUGGAAGCCAAGUUUCUGCAACAAAACGAAAGACUGAUUGCGGUCGAAAGGCUGAGAAUGAACCAGAUGGGUGUGGCUAGUCGGGUAUGGAAGUGGGAUCAUGUGCUCGAGGCUUUCUUGGAUAUAAAGACUUGGCUCUGGUUUGCCAUGCUUACUGCCGUGUCUAUCCCAAGUGGUGGAAUCACCACCUUCGGCCCCCUCAUCAUCCAAUCCUUCGGCUUCGGCAAGUUCGCGACGAUCCUGUUCAAUAUGCCCUUCGGCGCGGUCCAAAUCAUCGCCACACUCGGCGGAGCAUGGCUAGCGACACGCCUCAAGAAGAAAGCGCCUGUGCUCAUUCUUCUAUGCAUCCCCCCGAUAAUCGGUAUCAUCAUUCUUAUGGUCAUCGGCCGCGAGCCCAAAAACAAAGGCGUCCUCCUGUUCGGAUACUACCUCACAUCCUUCUAUCCAGGUAUUUCGCCACUCAUUUAUUCGUGGUCUGGCCAGAACACCGGCGGCGACACCAAGCGCAAAGUCACCACCUCCAUCUUGUUUGUCGGCGCCAGCGUCGGCAAUAUUGUCGGACCACUCCUCUUCAAGCCGGCCGAGAAGCCAUACUACCACCGUGGCUUGCGCGCCAAUCUUGGUCUCUUCGUCGCCAUCAUUGUGUUUGUUGUUGCUGCGGUGUGCUACAUCACAUUGUUGAAUCGCAAGCAUGCGGCGGAGCGCGAGCGGCUGGGCAAGUCGGCGGUGAUUGUGGAUUUGAGUAUGGAGACUAAGGCGGAGGGAUCGGGCGAGGAGGCGGGUGCGGAGAAUGACGGGGUUGGCGACAAGGCAUUUGACGACGUCACCGAUUUGAAGAACGAGGACUUUAUCUAUAUCUACUGA